AUGUGGCGACGAACUUACCUCUUCCUCCUCCUCGUCCGGCUGUGGUUUGCCUUGUCGCCCAGCUACCUUCAUCCCGACGAGAACUUUCAAGGCCCGGAGGUCAUCGCUGGCCAGAUCUUCAGCUACCCCGUUCGACACACAUGGGAAUUCACCGGCGAAAACCCGAUCCGAAGCGUAUUCCCGUUAUGGCCCGUCUACGGUCUGCCCAUGCUACUCCUCCGAUGGCUCUGGAUAGGCAACGGCAACGAUGGCGAAAUUCCUCCUAUCGCCGUCUUCUGGACCCUGCGCGUCCUCAUGUUUGUGCUCAGUUUCGUCCUCGAGGAUUGGGCUAUCCACGAACUCGUCCAUUCGCCCCGACACCGUCGCGUCGCCGUUAUGCUUGUCGCGUCGUCCUACGUCACCUGGACCUAUCAGACCCAUACAUUCUCCAAUGCCAUUGAGACUCUCGUGGUCGCCUGGUCCUUGGUAUUAAUACAGCGCAUUGUUGAAGAUACGCAUCAACAAUCGUCUCUCAUGGCCUCGACUGUUCUCGGCAUCAUUGGGGUCUUCGGCAUCUUCAACCGUAUUACUUUCCCAGCGUUUUUGUUGAUUCCCGGCAUUCGUUUGAUACCCCAUUUCCUUCAUAGACCAUCGUCAUUUGCCGUUAUGGCACUAGCCGGUCUUAUUACUGCCUUUAUUGCCGUGGCCUUGGACACGGCCUUCUACCUCUCUGAACCUGUUACCUUGACGGACUUGUUCUUGCGACCCAUUAUCACCCCUCUCAACAAUCUUCGAUACAACAUCUUGCCCGAGAACCUUGCGGAGCACGGGCUUCACCCUUGGUAUCAGCACCUCCUCAUCAACAUCCCGCAGUUAUUGGGUCCGGCAGCGAUACUUCUUAUCACGAAACCUCAUCUCUCGCUCCGCCUCUACUCGGCCAUCUCCGGCAUCUUUGUGCUGUCCAUAUUCCAGCACCAAGAAGCUCGGUUCUUGUUGCCGACAGUGCCGCUCAUCUUGUCUUCAGUCCAGCUACCGAGAAAUCGCAAGGCCAUGCAGAUAUGGACGGUGGUAUGGGUCAUCUUCAAUGCCGCCCUCGGUAUCCUCAUGGGCACAUACCACCAAGGCGGUAUCGUCCCCGGCCAGGUCUUUAUGAGCAACCAACCCGACGCGACGCAGGCCUUUUGGUGGAAAACAUACUCCCCUCCGGUAUGGCUGCUGAACGGAAAGAACGAGGUGCUCACCACCCACGACGUCAUGGGCAUGCCGGGCGAGAAGCUCCUCGAGCAGCUUGCGGACCUAGCCACCUGCGACACACCAGCGGACCGACGAAAGAAGGAGUAUCUGAAGGAGAAGCAGGGGACAUACUUGAUGGCGCCGGCGUCGGCGACGUGGAUCGACCCUUACCUGCCGAACAAGGGCCUGGACGGACUGCGCUUCCGCGAGGUGUGGCGGUACCAGCAGCACCUUAACCUGGAUGAUCUGGAUUGGGGCGAGGACGGUGUCUGGAAUACCCUCGCGCGGGUCGUGGGGAGGAGAGGCCUCGUUGCAUGGCGCGUGACCAAGAGUUGUGAUGGUGGAAAACAACGAUGA